UCUAGGGGUGUGCAUCGGUUGCAACAUCGAGACUGGAAUUCUCUUGCGGCCGGAAACCCCCCAAUCCUUAUCUUAACAUUGUGACAACAUAGUAACUGCGCUGUAGCCUACACAUUUAUUUUCUUUAGUAAGAAACGCUGAAUAAACAAUAGCUUCCACGAUGAAUCCGGACAAAGCUAGCCCGUUCCCCUCGACCCUCACGGAGUCCCCAGGUCAAACGCCUCCCGGGACCGCUUUACUGCUGCGUCUGGUCGACUGCAGGAAAACACCGGGGCAGAGUGGACCUGAGAGAGGAGGAGAAGAGAAGGAAGAGGGAAAUUGGAUUUCAUUGAGUAAGAACCAUGGGUACAGCCCAAACCGUUGCUCUCUCAGUGGGAGGGGCUUAUCAUCUGGAGAUCCUAAACAACAACGUGAUGCUGACAAGACGUCUCUCCAGAAGAGUCUCUUCAGAUCAGAACGUCUCAAUAGCUGUGAUCAGUGUGGGAAGAGAUUUGCUGUAUCAGGAAUCCUGACUACACACCAGCGCUUACACACAGGAGAGAAGCCUUAUAGCUGUGAUCAGUGUGGGAAGAGCUUCAAUCAUUCAGGACACCUGACUACACACCAAUGCAUACACACAGGAGUGAAGCCUUAUAGCUGUGAUCAGUGUGGGAAGAGCUUCAAUCAAUCAGGAGCCCUGACAAUACACCAACGCAUUCACACAGGAGAGAAGCUUUAUAGCUGUGAUCAAUGUGGGAAGAGUUUCAGGACGUCAGGACAACUGACUACACACCAACGCAUACACACAGGAGAGAAGCCUUAUAGCUGUGAUCAGUGUGGGAAGAGCUUCAAUCAAUCAGGAACCCUAACUACACACCAACGCACACACACAGGAGAGAAGCCUUACAGCUGUGAUCAAUGUGGGAAGAGCUUCAGGAAUUCGGGACACCUAACUAUACAUCAACGUAUGCACACAGGAGAGAAACCAUAUAGCUGUGAUCAGUGUGGGAAGAGUUUUGCUAGAGAUUUUAACCUGACUAAACACCAGCUCACACACACUGGAGAGAAACCUUACUCUUGUCUAUGUGGAAAGAGCUUUGCUCAUUCAGAAUCACUGAAAAAACACCAGAAAGCCCUUUCCUCUCUGGCACCAGUUCAAGAUCCCUAAAUAAAGUUUCAUUAGAAAACA